AUGGCCCCCACCAGCAAUGUGACUGAAAUAAUUUUCUUGGGAUUUUCCCAGAACCGGGAUAUGCAGAAGGUCAUUUCUGUGGUUUUUCUCCUCAUGUACAUGGCCAUCGUGUUGGGUAAUGGCUUCAUUGUGGUGACCAUCGUAGCCAGCAAAGGGCUCUCCUCCCCCAUGUAUUUCUUCCUCAGCUAUUUGUCCUUUGUGGAAAUCUGUUACUGUUCUGUCACAGCCCCUAGGUUCAUCCUUGAUUCUUUUAUGGAGAGGAACGUCAUUUCCCUCAAGGGCUGCAUCACACAGGUCUUUUUCCUUCAUUUCCUUGGAGGCACCGAGAUCUUUAUGUUGACAGUGAUGGCCUACGACCGCUACGUGGCCAUCUGCCGGCCCCUGCACUACACGGUCAUCAUGAACCGACGUGUGUGUGGCCUCCUGGUGGGAGCGGCCUGGGGUGGGGGCCUGCUGCAUUCUGUUGGGCAGACCUUCCUCAUUUUCCAGCUGCCCUUCUGUGGUCCCAAGGUCCUGGACCACUACUUCUGUGACGUGCACCCCAUGCUGAAGCUGGCCUGCUCCGACACCUUCCUCAUCGGCGUGCUCAUCGUCACCAACGGUGGCUCCAUUUCGGUGAUCAGCUUCGCGGUCCUGCUGGCCUCCUACGUGGUCAUCCUACACUCACUGAGGAGCCAGCCCACCGAAGGCCGGCGCAAGGCCCUGUCCACCUGCGCCUCCCACGUGGCGGUCGUGAGCCUGUUCUUCAUCCCCUGCUCCUUCGUCUACCUGAGGCCCUGUGCCACCCUCCCAGCAGACAAGGUGGUCGCGGUGUUUUACACGGUGGUCACCCCUCUCUUAAACCCCGUCAUUUAUUCCUUCAGGAAUGCGGACGUGAAGAACGCCAUGAGGGGACUGCUGGGGGGAAAGAGGUGUGGGAAGAGAAAGAGAUGA